AUGAAGCUUUCUGUCACGUUUGGAUUAGUUGCUGUGACUGUCACGUCAUCAUGUGCUACUGCCUCUGUUGUCGAUAAUCAUCACGAAAACGCUAUCGUUUCUCAUCCCAAUGCUUUGCCGUGCACUGACGCACUCUGCAAUGAAGAUGACGCUCCUGUGUGCGGUUUCGAUAACAAAACUUACGUCAACGCGUGCAUCUUCCAGGCGGCCAACUGUCUCACUAAUAUCACGAUGGCCUAUUCAGGUCCUUGUCGUGAUAUGAACGUGGAUAACCAGCGAAUACACUCGCCAGCAUUGGCGGCUUCGUUAAGCGAGAGAACGCCUAUGAUUCAGGACCGUACUCAAUCAGCUAAUGAAGAACGAAUCCGACCUAUUACUGCAAACGUUGUGAUUGUACGUCCCGUAGAAUCACUGAAUCCUGAUAAACUGCGGGAUGUCCAUCCCUACAUGUACCUCGAAGUAUUGGAUAAUGCUUCCAACACCAUUAAUAGGAUAGUGACGAGACUGUACAAGUUGUUGUCGCCUCACACUGCGGAUAUGGUGGGACGGACAAAAGAUGAACAAAAGGCUGUGAAACUCUUGCAACGGCUUCCUGAGGUUCUUUAUCGCCAGUACGAUCACUAUGUCGAUUUGUAUCGACAAUUAUAUGGGGGUCAAAUUUUAAUCAAAAAAAGAAACUUGGAUCUACCGAUGAAUUUGCAGCCAUCGCACCACCAAGUAUCUGCACAACCACCAAACUAA